UCAACUGGUGUACUCAUAUUUUUCGCGCUCAGUAAAUGAACGGGCCGAAUUUCGUUCACACAUUCAACUCGUGCACAUUGAUUUUGAUCGAAAAAACAGGAUGGCAAAUACGGAAAAUGAGAACAGAAAUGUACAAAUUGAAUCCAAUAAUAUGAAUGUCGAAGAAAAUUCAUUGGAAGUAAGACCAGAAGAUUUUGAGUCAGAGCGACUGGAAUAUUUACUCAAACAAGCUGAAGUCUAUUCACAUUUCGUGACACACGGUUCCAAGAAAAAUAACAAACGCAAAGCGACCGAAACAACAGCGACAGUACCAUCGAAAAAAGUACGACGCAGUAAUGGAGAUGUGUCGGACGAUCUGAACGAUUCAACUGUCAAAGUGAAAUUUCAGUUUGACGAAACACCAUCAUAUAUUGUUGGUGAAAUGCGUGACUAUCAGAUCCGAGCACUGAAUUGGUUAAUAACGCUGUAUGAAAAUGGCAUCAAUGGCAUUUUGGCUGAUGAAAUGGGCUUGGGCAAAACUCUUGAAACCAUCUCAAUGUUGGGAUAUCUGAAACAGUAUGAAAAAGUAAAUGGGCCCCAUUUAAUCGUUGCGCCGAAUUCAACGCUCCAAAAUUGGAUGAAUGAAAUUCAAAAAUUUUGUCCGUCUCUGACUGGCUACAUUUUGAUCGGUGAAAAACAAUCGCGUUCGGAUAUUUUGAAAAAAAUGAAAAAUUCGAAGAAAUGGAAUGUUUGCAUUACAUCGUAUGAGAUUUGUUUGAUAGAAAAAGGUCCACUGAAACGAUUCCAUUGGAAGUAUGUGAUUGUUGACGAAGCACAUCGCAUCAAAAACGAACAGUCAAAACUGAGCAAAGCAUUACGAACAUUCAAUUCAGUAAACCGUUUACUUCUAACCGGUACACCGUUGCAGAACAAUCUUCAUGAGCUGUGGGCAUUGCUGAACUAUUUGUUGCCAACCGUGUUUGCAAGUUCAGAUGAUUUUGAUACAUGGUUCGAUUCGAACAAUUGUUUGCGUGGAAACAAUGACAUUGUUAAGCGUUUGCACACAAUUCUCAAGCCGUUCAUGCUUCGCCGUAUGAAGGCCGAUGUGGAAAAGACGCUUUUGCCAAAGAAAGAAUUGAAAUUGUUUGUUGGACUGACAUCGAUUCAACGUCAAACAUACAAAAAGGUGCUAUUGAAGGAUAUUCAAACGUUAAACUCGGUAACCGGACAGCUAUCACAAAAGGUGCUCAAAACCAUUAUGAUGGAACUUCGCAAAGCAGUCAACCAUCCAUAUUUGAUUGAUGGCGUUGAACCUGGCCCUCCAUAUACCACCGAUCAACACUUGGUUGAUAGCUGUGGUAAAAUGAUGGUAUUGGAUAAACUUUUGGCAAGACUAAAAGCACAAGGUUCACGGGUCGUUCUCUUCACUCAGUUCGUAAUUAUGUUGAACGUCUUUGAAGAUUAUUUGACUUGGCGCGGAUAUCAAUAUUGCCGUUUGGAUGGCAGUACACCGUUUGAAGACCGCGUUCAAAGCAUCGAAGAAUUCAAUGCAGAAAACAGCGAAAAAUUCAUAUUCAUUUUAAGCACCCGGGCUGGUGGCUUAGGUAUUAAUUUGACCACCGCUGACACCGUGAUUGUCUAUGAUUCGGAUUGGAAUCCACAAUCGGAUUUCCAGGCAAUUGAUCGUGUUCAUCGUAUUGGCCAAACAAAACAGGUUCGCGUUUUUCGAUUUAUCGCUGAAAAUACGAUCGAUGAGCGCAUUGUUCAACGUGCAGAACUUAAGUCACGUUUGGAUAAAUUGAUUAUACAAAAAGGUAACCAAAUGGAUGUAGAGACGGAUGGCCAGCGAAAAAAUGCCACACUGGAUAUGAUAAGAUUUGGUGCUGAGCAUAUUUUAUCAGCAAAAGAUGGUGACGAUGUUAUUGAUAUUGAUAUCGAGAAAAUUUUGAAAGAUGGUGCAUUGAAAACGGCCGAAGAAGAAGAGAAAUUUGCAAAAUAUGGUGAAAAUGAAUUGCGUCAUCUAACAUUUGAUGAUGUGUCAAGCGUAUCAUUGUAUCAAUUCGAGGGUUUUGAUUUUCGUAAAAAGCAAGAAUCAUCAGUAGACAACGAAGAAAUGGACGGCGUCCGAGGUGUACGAAAGGCACGAUUGAAUCGAAAAUCCUAUAAUGGUAACGAGACAUUGGAUGGAGAAAAUCUCAUCAGAUUGUAUCAACAUCAAUUGUAUCCGAAAAAAUUGUACAAUAUGACUGAAGAUGGUGAAUAUUUGGAUCUAUCGCAUGGCACCAAACGCAAAGAGGCGCUAAUGCAACAAGGCUUCACCAAUUGGACCGAAGAGAAUUUCAGUCAAUUUUGCGAUGCAAUGAACCAAUUUGGUCGAAAUGAUAUGCACAAUAUUGCAAAAAUGGUGAAAGGAAAAACUGUGGAUGAUGUCAUCAAGUACAGUUCAGCAUUUUGGGCACGUGGCCGUCAAAUCAUGGAAGAUUUUGAUGAAAUUGUUAAGGAAGUUGGACAACACGAAAAAAUGACAGUAAAAAUAGCAGCAAAUAAGAAGAUUGAUCAACGAGAAUUUUGGCGCCAAGUUGAGCCAACAACCGACACCAAACAUCCACCAGUUUCAACACUCAUUUCUAAUGUGGUCGCACCGAAAAAAAUCGAUAUUUCCAGUCAACGAGCAUUUUGGACCAAUUCCACAAAUUCACUACCGUCGGCAACGUCAACUUCGUCCUCAUCGUUGCAACAAGGAAAAAGCACCUACUCGAUGUACAUGAAACAAUUUUCUAAGGCCGACAAGACGCUUAUUUACAGUGACAGUGAAUCCAGUGACAGCGACGAUGAUUAGAAGCAACAAUUAUCAUAGUUUUUUCGACCCAUAUUGUGCCUCAUUAUCUUAAGCGAUCUAUUAUUUUCUUUUCUUUUCUCAACACAAUCGACUACAAUUUCAAUACAAUAUUGAAUUCUGAAAACUCAUGACAAAAUAUAAUCGAGUGUAUUUUCUUCAUUUUGGAAUAUCAUCAAAAUCGGUUAAAAUUCGUUGUAUUGAUUACACAAAAACAAUCGUUUAGAUUAUAAGUGACAUAUCCAUAUUGUUUUUGUCUUAAAUA